AUGCAGCAUCUGGCAAUGGUGUUUGACCGCCUUCAACAAUUCGGCGUUGUUCUCAACCCGUCCAAGUGCGUCUUCGGUGUGCCCUCCUUAGAAUUUCUAGGUCAUCUGGUCGACUCCCACGGCAUUCGGCCUCUUCUCUCAAAGGUUGCCGCCAUUCGGGACUUUCCACCCCCUACCUCGAAGCAUCAGUUGCAACGGUUUCUUGGUAUGGUGAACUUUUAUCGCCGGUUUCUCCCGAACUGUGCCGAUACCAUCCCACCUCUAACCAGUCUCCUCUCAGGUUCUAAGCGCACCUUUGAACUUACACCAGCAGCACUCAGGUCAUUUGAGCAGGUAAAAGCCCUUCUGGCUGAUGCCACCCUUCGUGACUCACUUUCAUGCUGAUGCACCCAUAUCUCUGAUGGCCGGUGCCUCCAAUGUUGCUGUUAGCGCAGUUCUUUGACAAAGUCUGCCAGAUUCUAUUGUGCCUUUGGCUUUCUUCUCCAGGAAACUAUCCGAGGCCGAAACCCGCUAUAGCACAUUCGGACGUGAACUUCUCGCUGCUUAUCUUGCCGUAAGGCACGUCCGGCAUUUACUCGAAGGUCGUAAGUUCACAAUAUUCACAGAUCAUAGGCCACUCACUUUUGCAAUGCAUUCCCACUAUGACAAGCUAAGCCCCAGGGAGAUCCGUCACCUGGACUACAUUUCGCAGUUCACUUCAGACAUCCGCCAUAUUGACGGGUACGGAAUGAGGUGGCUGGCGCACUCUCCAGGCCCUCUAUUGCUCAUCUUCAGCUUUCACCCGGGAUAGACCUCACUGAGAUGGCCGGUGAACAACGCCCUGUCGGUCCACCCUGUGAUGAAGAUGUUUCCGGACUCCAACUUCAGGAACUACCACUGACAACUGGCAACGGCAAUAUUCUAUGCGACGUAUCCACCCCAUCCCAUUGUCCAUUUGUGCCACCAUCCCUCCGCCGUAAAUUUUUCUCCUCCCUGCGCACUCUCUCUGACCCUGGGAGUCGAGCAACCGACAAGCUGGUUUACGACCGCUUCGUCUGGCCUGGCAUGCACAAGGACCUCAAGGCAUGGACACAGGCUUGCAUCGCCUGUCAACAGAGUAAGACCCAGCAGCACAACAAGGCCCCCAUUGGCACCUUCCCGGGCCCUGGUUCAAGGUUCAGCCACGUUCAUCUGGAGAUUGUAUGUCCCCUGCCUCUGUCCAAUGGUUGUUCCUAUCUCCUCACCUGUGUGGAUCGGUUCACUCGGUGGCCUGUAGCAAUUCCCCUGCCUGACAUUGCUGCACCAACGGUGGUCAAGGAUUUCUCAGUCGUUGGGUUGCUAUCUUUGGUGCACCUUCCACAAUCACGACUGACCGUGGUGCCCACUUUAAGUCUAACCUCUUCCGGUCUUUACUCUCCUUUUUAGGCUGUACUCGCAUCCGCACUACAGCCUAUCAUCCGGCAGCCAACGGGAUGGUCGAGCAGGUUCACCGCCAGUUGAAGGCAUCCCUACGCGCCACAGACGAUCCGGAGAAUUGGAAGGAUCAACUUUCCCUGGUCCUCUUGGGCAUCCGCUCCGCUCUCAAGCCGGACCUUGACUGUUCCGCAGCUGAACUGGUGUUCGGUGCCACCGUCCGACUCCCCGGUGAGAUGAUUUCGCCAACCCCGCAAGGUGCCGUUGAGGAUCCCACCAACCUCCUGCUUCGCCUCCGGCAGUUUACGCGGACACUUUCUCCGGUUCCUCCCAGGUCCUCCGCCUCUCCGUCUUAUCUCGAGAAGGACUUGGCAAAGUUCUCUCACGUCUACCCUCGAUGUGAUCGAGUCCGCCGGCCCCUGGUCAGAGACACGCUUGCUGUAUUUAGCAGCUUGCUUGUACUGAGAAGUAGUCGGCAGAUUCGCGAGCCAUGUUUAGGCAACACCGUUUGGUAUCCAACAUGAACAUUAUAACUAAUGAAUGUCAGUAAGUCCAAAAUGCCCAUCAUCAGAAUACCUUCACGCUCUAUGCCCUCUGAAAGACUAUGUAACAAGUUGAGCAAAUAGGAAAUGCUUGAAUAUUCACUCCGCAAAAGAUGCUGAAAAACGAAUUUGUGAAGAUGAUAGGAUUGCCAUCGAAGAGUUACUACGCACACGAAAUCUAAUCGCCAAGUAGAAUGUGUAUUCUGUAUUUCGGAAUUGGCGAAUGCCAAAACAAUCACCGCAAAAUUUCCCUGUUUCCCUUUUCUAACAGCGAUGAUUUGAGAGAAACACGAAAAGUGGCUUUUUAUCACCAACUGACUUUCAUAAUGUCAAUAACUAGUGAUGCUUUGACGCCAUGGAACGUAAAAUAUUUUCAAAGCUAGAUUUAUUUGAUGUUUGUAAGAAAAGUUUAAGCGUAUACAUAUUUACAAUUCACUGAACACUAUAAAUACAACAAUUUGACGUCAUAAUGCCAUCAACAUUUUCAGACUGGAUGGUCACUACUUCCAUUUCCGUUAUGAAUAAUUGACGGUCCCCUUCAAAAUAACGCACACCAUCCGUAGACUGCAUAAACAUCGAAUCUAAAGGUAAAAGUAUUUACUAGUAACCUGUAGGAAUAUACAUUCUUAAUUUUCUUCUUCUGCCAAUACACUUGGUUCAUCAAAGUCAGAUUGAUGGCACUGUAAAACAAGUGCUGAAAGUCAACUGUAAAUAUCGAAAAACUGUAUGCGUCUCUCCGGUGAUAAGCACAAGUCGCAAAAUUUCUCAAUUGGACUGUAGGCCACCGGCUUGGUUCCACGCUUGUAGACUCAAAAUGGCAUGUCUCCGUAAUCUGCGAUUAAUUUAUUAUGGACACGCAGCUAACGUUAUAAGAGAUUUGAUUUGUCAUAGCUAUUGAAAUAGACUGGAUUAACUAAUUGCAAGUUUUUACUUUUGCACUCUCAUAUUUGUUGCAAAUGAGUUGUUUUGGCCAAUAUUUAAGACGAGAGCUCGUUUGCAUUUCCAGUUUGAACACCAAAAUUUUAUACGCAGAUUCGUUUUUUAAAAAAUAUUUUGUACUUCAGCCACAGAGUGGGAAAGGCGGCGAAUGCCCUGUCUGUAAACAUCGUCAUGUCCUCAUCCGUUAACACAUUAUAGAUGAACCUUGGCCAGUACCGGGAUAUGUACCUGCAUAGCAUCAAAAUAUAACAAAUUUUCUUCCCUUUACCACCUGCCCCUCAGAGUUUUACGUUACAAGUAACAUUAGGUAACGUUAAGUAGCAUCCUUUUUAUGACUUUUGGUUAUAUUCUGACCGAAGCAUAUAGGUUUCCUUUGAUACUACGGGUACAUUCAGUUCUCCGUACUGGUUGUCGUACAGUUAUUGAAGCAGACGACAUUCAGGCACUUAUUUAUACCAGUAACCAAUGCUUGUUGUGCGUAAUUAUUACCCGAUUUUCUUUGACAUUUGCCUGACACAUUGCUUUAAUGACGUUAUUGUAAUCAAAAGAUAGUUCAAAGGCGCACACCUACCUUUCGCUCAAUAAAUCCGAUCUAAUGCUAUGUGAUAUAUGCUUUUAGUACGGCCGACAUGGACAGCUGUACAAGAGUAUGUUUUAAACGAUGAAGUAGUGAAUGCAGUUUAAAAUAUAGGUAGAUGGAAAUUGAGGCUGUGAUUUCUGUCGCUUUGUGUAUGUCACAGCUAAAGGCACGGCCAUCCGUCUCUCGAAUUCCGAAUUACUACAGGCUUGUUUCUCGAAAUCAAAUUUACCACUCCAUAAUCAUGGAAGAUGAGUCAUUCAUUUUAAGCACAUUAAGGGCAUUCGGAUCGUCAUCGAUGACGAAUGGUGUACUUAAAGGCCAGCUGUCGUAGUCAUUUUUGUUGAAGAACUCUAUUUUAAAAUGGGUGGAUUAUAUUCGACAGUUUGUUCAAGUGCGUCCUUUUGGCGUGCAAUAUACAGGCGAAGCAGCAUGAAUCUCCGUUUCGUUUUGCGCGCCAAACGAGUUCGUAGUCGAUUAAUUUACAAAAAUGGUGCUUUUUCACUAGCAGUUCAGCUGUUGAUUUUCGAAGAUCCGCUUUUUAAAAAGACCGUCGUCACAACAGACCCCACGAAUAAAACCCAAGCAUGGAACAAAUGUGUGCAAUAUUUGCUCUGCUAUUUUGUAAUGGCGCUAUAAGAUGUUUCGAAGAUUUAUGAAAUACGUUUUUAGUCCGUGCAAGGUAGAAGCGCAGCAGCAUGAAUCUCCGUUUCAUUUGCUGCGAAAAACGAGAUCGUAUUAGUUUCCUUUACACCAAUCGUGCUUUUUAAGUGGCCUGAUGUGUUGUUGUUUUUGGAAAAUCUGAUCUUUAAAAUGAUCACCGUUACAACAGACCGCACGAAUAUAACCCAAACAUGCAAUUACUGCGUGUAAUAUUGCUUUCCUAUUUCAUAAUUUUUCAAUACUAUUUAGGAAUUUUAUGAAAUAAAUUUUUUUGGUAGGCUGAAAGGUAUUUUUGAAUGAUGUGCCCUUGUCUUACUAGUUGUUGAUAUAUAUUAUACUGCCUGUUACUACCUUAUUCGACCUAUCGACACAAAGACUGACGAUUUUUUCCAGCACGGAAGAGCAGCUAUGUUUGCCUUCUUUGAUCCACAUAUCAACAUUUCAACUUCAAGAACAGCAUAUUUGGUUAUAUAGUUGGACACCGUAUUCUUGUACGCAAGCAAACAACGCUCGUGGUCCAAAAACAGUUUCAUGUUAAUGACUUGUUUGUCUACAAGCGUUUAUUCUUCUCUGACCAUUAACUCAUAAUUAAGAUCUAAUAAAUAGAACAUGGAGAAACGCCAGAAGUGGUGGUUGCUUCACUGUUUAUGGAACUACCUGCUCAGGAUUAGUUAUUCCCGACCUUAGUCUAGUUGUCACCAGUCUGUAAAGGUAACCGGCAGACCAGAAAUCUAGAUUUUGCUGGUUCGUGGAUGGGUAAUUUUCUGUGAGUCAAUGGUUUCAUUGGUUAUUAUACAGUUGAAUCAGCGCACAGUCAAGGCAUGCGGGCGGUAAUAUACGGCUUGUAAGGAUGCCCAUCUCGUGCCACUGACGCUGUUCUCCUAUUUUCUCGCUAGCUCUGUUAGUUGCUUAAAAUGCAACCACCAGAAUGAAAGGAUUUAUUCUAGGAGAUCUGUAGGGAGACACGGAAACGUGAAGUAGGGGUUUGGUCUCUUCGUGAAUUGCCACUGAACGUUCAUCUGGUAAAAGCCGUGGCCAGAUUGCGUACCACAUACAAUCCCAGCACAUAUUUUGGUCUCGGAGAAGGAGAUUAAGUGGCUGGAAAAAGUGCUUUAUUACCCUGGGGUUUUGAAUUCGCACUCGAAUCCAUCAUCAGAGGCAGCGUCAGAUAACGGUAAUGAAUUGCCCAGGGGUUGCAAGAUUUGUAGGAUGUGGUUGCUCGGCCAGUACAUGCCAAUAAGAGUUGGCAGCUCCAGUGUGCGGCAGAGCUCGACUGUCCAGGUGUUGAAGUAUGCCGUUGCUAGGCGCCUCACUGCCCGUCAAGAAUAUCGGCUUCCGCGCCCAUCGCACGCCGUCGAGUGACUGCCUACGGGCUUUCAUCGGCCGUGUGGACUCUUGGGUAAUUUGGCUCGCCAACGCAUAAGUAAAUGCAGUAUUUGUAGUUACGAUAUUCUGACUCGCAUCUCUGUAAAUCAUUCAAAUGUCAAGCGCACUGUCUUCAAAAACCCCUUUUUCUCUCCUUUGUGCGCCAGUUUAAGCUAGCUGUCAGUUUGGAGACGCGUGAGCAUGGCGCACAAUGGGGUUUUUUGGAGCGUCAGACGAUUAUGACUAAAGAAUGUCCAAAAGCUGAAAUGCCCGUUAUCGACAUCAGAAACAAAUUAGUUUGAGGAUUGUGGUUGCCUGCUUAUUCCAAUAUAUUAUGCGUACCCAUCCGCAGUCAUCUAUUAUAUACACUUUAUGCGGAAGGCAUCAGACGAGAAGUAUUUUUACACGGGAUCAAAUAGUUUACCAUCGCUAUUAAAGACUUUAACUUAUUUUGGUGACGACUGCUCUUCCAAAUGUUGUGCGAGAGUCCUCAAAAAGAUUUGCAGAAUUCGACUUUUAAUUUACAAAUUAUUCAUUUGGUAGACCCUGAUACGAUAAAAUAUAAAAAAAGACAAACUCUGCAUUCCUAAUCGAGUUAAACCAAACUCCACAGCUAUUUUCUACAAGUUUGCAAACAGAUUUCAACCAACAGGUUUGCAAUUUGUGAACGCGUGUGCUCUGUUUAUCGCAAAGGUUUUCCAAGUUCCCUGGCUGGCGACAUCUGGUGAUACAUCUCGCAUGAAAUCCCAAUUUCCAAAUUUACUAUUACGGCCCAUAUCACACUCUUGCUGUCUUUAGUAUCUUGGUUGUACUGAGAAGUAGUCGGCAGAUUCGCGAGUCAUGGUCAGGCAACACCGUUGGGUAUCCUACAUGAACAUUAUAAGUAAUGAAUGCCAGGAAGUCAAAAAUGCCCGUCAUCAGCAUACCUUCACGCUCUAUGCCUUCUGAAAGUCUAAGUAACAAGUUGAACAACUAGGAAAUGCAUGAAUACUCACUCCGCAAAAGAUGCCAAAAAAUGAAUUGUUCAAGAUGAUUGGAUUGCCAUCGAAGAGUUGUGGCAGUUCGCGUCUCCUUGCCCUCCGCCUUUGUCACGCUGCCUUCCUGUCCGCCUCACGCUCUUUGUCGAUACGCUGCUGGGACGCGCGAUUGCUCCAGGUUAAUCAACGCUGUCCCCCCUCUGAUUGGCUGGCGGACGCGGAGACAACGGAGGGCGCACACACGCGCGGACACAGACAACAACUUGCUUGGAGCGCGCUCGCGGCCACUGCCUACAGAGCCCUUGUGUACGCACUUCCUCAGGCAGUAAGCGUUGUCCAACUCAAAACCUCUUCCCUGACUUUUGAUUGGGAAUCUUUAUCUUGUCGACCACACAACAUUUGACAAUUGGUGACUCCUUGCGAGCAGCAACCUUCCUUCUCCCUAAUCUACGAUAAAGUCAGGUGUUGAGCAUGGACAAUUUUUCACCGGAAGUGCAGCAUAUUUUGGCACCGCAACUUACUCAGAUGGCUGAUCGGCUUAUGGAGAUGCGAGGCUUUUCCAAGCCAUCCAUUGCCGCACUCUCAACUCCCUCAUCUCCUCCUGCGUCUCCCAUUUCGCAGUUGGAGAUCGAGCUCAGCAAGCUGGCCAAUGAUAUAACUUCACACCAGACGCCAGGCAGAUUCUCCCUCAUCUCGCAGCCAACCGAAGCCGUCCACCUCGCAUCUCCAGUCUUCACAUUCAGCCUGUCCAAACGCAGCUGCCAUCUGCUGGUACCACAUCACCUUUGGUGUUAAAGCCCGUCGCUGCAUCUCCCCCUGCUCCUUCACCUCCAAGCAGAGCAAACGGGUAAAAACGGUCAACCCGAAGGUCUGUGCAGCCAAUCUUCGCGACGGCUCUUACCCUGGUCACACAUUUUAUGUCCGCGAAACCAGGAGUGACAUACGUUUCUUGGUUGACACUGGUGCCCAGCUUAGUGUCAUUCCAACCACACCAGCUGAUCGUCGGUGUCCCAAUCCCGGUCUUUUCCUACAGGCCGUCAACACAUCGCCGAUUACCACAUUUGGCACCUGCUCCCUCUCUCUGGACAUCGGUGUCCGGCGUCUCUUCCCUUGGGUCUUCGUCGUUGCUGACAUCCCCUGUGCAAUUCUCGGUGCAGAUUUCCUCGCCGCUUUCGAUCUUCUGGUUGACUGCCGUCAGUCACGUCUACACGACAAGACCACCAACCUCACUGUCCGGGGUAUCUCUUCCUCCGACGCCUCUCGUCAUCUUGCCGUCUUGGACCCUGAACCCGAGAAUCCAUUUCGGCAUUUCCUCGUCAAAUACCCCGGCCUCACUCGUCCCAACUUCAAAGUUUCUAUUUCACCACAUGACGUUGUUCACCACAUUCGGACCACCGGCCCUCCUGUGUUUUCUCUCCCCCGCCAUCUCGCGCCUACACGUCUUGCUGCCGCCAAGGCCGAAUUCGGGCACAUGCUUCAAAUGGGCAUCAUCCAUCAGUGUGAAAGCCCAUGGGCCUCAUCCGUCCACAUGGUUUCAAGUGCCGCCACUGGUGACUGGCGCCCCCGCCGUGAUUACUAG